AUGGACAGUGAACAUCCAUUCCUGAUCCCUCGGCUGAGUAUCAUACGAGAGACUUGUAUGUUGGCAACCAUUGUCUGUACUCAGGUCAUCGUACUUGCAGGCUUAGCUCAGGGCAUUUUCCCCGAUGUUGCGAUUGGGAGGACCCUCGGUACCGAUGGAUCGACAGAGAGCCUCUGGGGCCCAGCUGCUUACGGCCUCACCUCUGGCGCAUUUAUGCUUCCCGCCGGGCGUAUCGGAGACAUGUACGGUCAUCGAAGUUGCUACAUCGGCGCGUGGGUCUGGAUGGCGCUGGCAUCCUUUCUUACCGGCAUCAGCGCCUUCUAUCACUCCUUCGUCUUCUAUGCCGUCUGCAGAGGGCUCCAGGGAAUGGCAGCGGCCAUGCUCGUUCCAUGUGCACUGGCUAUACUGGCCCUGGUGUACAAAGAAGGACCACGGAAGAAUCUUGCCUUUUCGCUCUUUGCCGCGGGGUCGCCCGUGGGGUUCACCCUCGGCGGACUCUUCUCUGGGCUGAUCGAAGCGCACGGCUGGUGGCCGUGGAUCUUUUGGGCCACUUCAAUUGCAUGUGGCAGCCUUGUCAUUGGUUCCUUGCUCUCGAUCCCAAAGCUACAUGAGUUUGACAAGGAGCCAGAGCAACAAGCUCAAUCUAUAUCAACUCCGGAGAAAGCUAGUUUCCGCCGAGACUUCGACUGGGUUGGGACUCUGAUCGGAGUUUCCGGUCUGGUACUGUUCAACGUGGCUUGGAAUCUGGCCCCAGAAAAGGGAUGGAAUGCUCCGUCGACCAUUACUACAGUCAUCAUCGGCCUCAUCUUGCUCGCCGCCUUUCCGUUCGUGGAACUCCGGGUCAGGCAACCGUUGGUACCUAUUGGCCGCCUUUCCUCCAAGAGUCUUUUUGUGUUGGCUGUCAUUGCCUGCAUUUUCGCUAGCUUUGGGAUUCUGAUAUUCUAUCUCGUCAACUUCAUUAUACGACUCCGCAACGGGAGCGCCUUGGAAGCUGCAGCACAGUUUGUCCCCAUUUCCUUCGCAGGGCUGGCCGCGUCGUAUCUCAAUUCCUUCCUGCUCAAAAACAAGAUCCAACCUGCCUCCAUCCUGUCUUUCUCAUGCAUAUGGUUCAUCGUCGGCAAUGUGCUUCUGGCAACGAUGCCAGCGAAUCAGACCUACUGGGCCCAGGCAUUUUGGGCCAAUGUCUUGUCGCCGCUAGGCAUCGACCUGAGUUUCCCGUCCGCCACACUGCUCAUGAGCCAGUUGGUCCCUCCGAAGGAGCAAGGCAUAGCAGCAUCUCUGAUUGCUACUGUGGUCUACUAUUCGCAAUCCAUUGGUCUUGGUAUCGCUGGAACCGUUGAGACCCGUGUAGCCGACGGCAGUCUCAUGAAGGGUUACCGCGGAGCAUUUUACACAGGAAUUGGUUUGAGCACCCUUGGGUUCUUGCUUUCUCUGUGGCCAGUGCUACAGCUACAUCUCGAUCGGAAAAAGUAA